AUAACUCAUAGAAAAAAGAAAAAUACAUAUUAAAUUGAAUCUUUACCUAAAACUAGAAUUAUUAUUUACUCUAUCUAUUUUCAUUUCUAUAUAAACAACCUCAAACUCACACAUAAUUCUAACACAAAAAUGUUUUCAAAAAACAACCUUUGUCUUUUGCUUCCUAUAAUUUUCUCCCUCACCUCAUCAAUCACAUUAGCCUCUGACCCUGAUCCACUUCAAGACUUCUGCAUACCAAACCCAACAUCUUCUUCCAUCAAAACACAUCAUCAUAACAACAUUCUCCUCCCAUGCAAAAACGCCUCACAAGUUACCACCAAUGACUUCAUUUUCUCCACCAUGAAAUCUGCAGGAAACUUCUCAGAAUCAGGCUUAUCAGUCAUACCUGCAAACCCUUCAAAUUUUCCAGGACUCAACACACUAGGCAUGUCAUUUGCAAGAACAGAUAUUUUAAUUGGAGGAAUCAAUCCACCACAUUUUCAUCCAAGAGCAACUGAACUUGUUCAUGUGAUUAAAGGGAGAGUUUAUUCUGGUUUUGUUGAUUCAGAGAAUAGAGUUUUUGCUAGAAGACUUGAAGAAGGUGAGGUUAUGGUGUUUCCUAGAGGACUUGUGCAUUUUAUGAUGAAUGUUGGUGAUGAAGUUGUUACUUUGUUUGGUAGUUUUAAUAGUCAAAACCCUGGUUUGCAGAAGAUACCUUCUGCUGUGUUUGGUUCUGGAAUUAAUGAGGAGCUUUUGAAGAAGGCUUUUGGUUUGAGUUCUAAACAGAUUGGAACCAUGAACAGAAAAUUAGGUUCCAAACAAGCUACUUAGAUUAGUAGUUAAAGAUGUCGUUCUAAAUUGCGGUUGCAAUUAUGCAUUCGGCUGCAAUUGCAGUUGCGGACAUCAAUUUAGAAUUGUAGUCAUGUUGUAUCAUUACAUUUCAAUUUCAGAGUUUGAGUCAUAUGUUUUGUUUAAGUAAUGUUAUCUUUUGCUACUUUAAUUGUUUUGGGAGUUUUCAACCCUUCUCCCUGUUUUUCCAUCUCUCACUCUAUCUAGCACCCACACCUAAAUUGAAGGUGUGCCGAAUAUUUGACACGUGCCUGUGCGUGUCAAUGUUUGACACGACAUCAAAAUAUGUAGUUUUAUUUAAUCAUCUGUAUUAUUUACAUGCCAAUACAUUGACACAACAUCAAUAUAUAUAGUUUUAUUUAA